AGCACUAGGGGUGGGAGGUGAGGUCAGGGGGAGAGCGACGGUCAGAGGUCAGAGUUCCACUUUGCGGACACACGACAACACUUGGCUGCUGUGGAGGACAUUAGUUACGUAUUUUGGGGUCGUCGUAUAACCAUGAGGGUUCUUCUCUUCCUCGCAACAAGCUUGCUGACAGUCACUGACCCGAUAGUAUCUGAUCAGUCUACAACGCCUCUGGUUCCUCAUCCAGAACCAACGACCCAGCAUCCAAAUGGCUGUUCCUCCGGAGAGUUGGAUAAGGACUCUGAUCAGAGUGAUUCUGAGGAGGCUUCUGGUGUGCUGAACGACCCCGGAAGCUCGUAUGGCAUGUACGAAGGCGUCUUUGAUCCCUUGGGUCAAUUAGAGGAUGUCCUCUCGUCCGGGGACUCUGUAAAUGGCUCAAUCUCCCCUUUAGCUAGAGAUUUCAACAAUCUUGCCAAUGAUGUUUUGACAGAAAUCGCCCGGCAAGGCUUCUUGUGCCCUGACUUCUGCCCAGAAGUCCUUGGUCCCACCUGUAUAGAAGAAUGUGUUCGCAGAGGCGUGCCGGAGCUUACUUGCCGGAUGUUCUGCUACACCGUGGAAUACACGUGCUGUCAUUGUCCUCCCUCCUGCUUCGCCCCCUUGAUCACCUGUUACCACGCCUGCAAGGAGGAAGACACAGAUUGCAAAAACCAGUGUAUGGGUAUCGCGCAAGUUUGUUGUGCUAAACGCUUCCAAGGUUGACCAAAGCAGACUUGGUCUUUUUUUUUUAAAUCUUCGUUGGCUAUUUUUUUCUUGCCUCGCUGUUGUGUAAAUGUGAUCUGUUGCUAAAAUACUGUAGUAGAGAUAAGGUCGUAAUGUUGUAUUCAUAUAAAAUGCAUUUUUCUACUUGGUGUCCUAAAUAUGGCGUGUAAGGAAAGUGUUAAAUAAAAUCUUGUGCUUA